GAGGGAGGUUCAGUUUUGAGGGGAGAAGGAAAAAAAAAAGUAUCGACGUUCACAAGCGUCAAUCAACCGAGCGAAACUGGAGGGAAGGUGGCCGAAACCGGAGCAUUCAGUCGGGGAAAAGAGCGCCGUGGAGCCCGAGAAGCUCCACCAUGUGCCGGGAGAGUGAGCUGGAAAAGCGUUGGAGAUAUUCGGCUCUAGUUUAAGAGCGCGUUUUGCGUCGAGGAAACUCGGGAGUGUGUCAAGAAAGAGGAGGAGGAGGAGGAGAAGAAGAGAAGAAAAGAGAGCAAAACACCGGAGAUAUUUUUUUUCUUUUCUUUUUUCAAGUGUGUGUGUGAACUUCAGCUCCAGGAUUAUCUGAGGUUUGGAUGCGUUUUGGUUGGGCACGAGCUCCAAAAAGAAAACAAGGGAAGAAGGGAUGAUAAGAGCAGGAGUUUUUGGAGAAAAAGACGAGUAAGGAGGAGGAGAAGGAGAAGGAGAAGAAGUGCACGAGCCGUGGAGCCGCUGGCGCGUGCGUCUGUUACAAACAGAUCAAAGGAGCGACCUAAAAGACGGGGGGAAAAUGAGCGGAGGGGAUGUGGUGUGCUCGGGCUGGCUCAGAAAGUCUCCGCCGGAAAAAAAGUUGCGCCGUUAUGCAUGGAAGAAGCGUUGGUUCGUUCUGCGCAGUGGACGACUGACCGGAGACCCGGACGUGUUGGAAUACUACAAAAAUGACCAUGUGAAGAAGCCUAUCCGAGUGAUCGACCUGAACCUGUGCGAGCAGGUGGACGCUGGGCUCAGCUUCAACAAGAAGGAGCUGGAGCACAGCUUCAUCUUUGACAUCAAGACCAUCGAUCGAGUCUUCUACCUGGUGGCUGACACUGAGGAGGAGAUGAACAAGUGGGUGCGCUGCAUCUGUGACAUCUGUGGCUUCAACCCCACCGAUACAGAUGGUAAGAAGAACAAGCGCACAAGUUCAGACUCAGCAAAGGCGUCUCAGCAGGUUCCAAUGGCUGGAGGUUUGGUGGUGGAUGUACCUCCUCGAUCUGGGAUGAUGGGAUCCUCUGCACUGCCCUGCGUGCCCCCUCCGUAUCAGCCAGUCAAUGUUGGACAUCUGGACUCCUCCUCCAGUCUGGAUGACACACAGGACUACCUGCUGCUACGCCACUGUGAGAGCAAGAAACCCGAGCCUAGCAGUAGUGCUAAUGUGGCUCUAUCCCAAAGCGGGCUAGUGCAGGAAUACCUGCUCUUGGAGGAGUGUGAGAGCAGGACUGUUCUUCCUGACAGUCUACAUGACUGCUCCAAGUCUACCUCCUCGGAGCCGGACUGCAACGACAACCUCCCAUCUCACCGCACGCCCACUUCCUCAACCUCCACAACCAAGCAUGCAUCGGUCAACGGCUUCUUCUCUUCUCAGCAUGCCCUGCUGUAUGACUCGCCUCCAGCGCGGGGGGCCAGCGUGUCGAUGGAGGCGCAGGCUAUAUACCAACUUCCCCGGAGCCGGUCUCAGGACACGGUGCUGCUACCCAAAAGUGCGUCCUCGUCAGGCGCCAACGACUCCGACACUGACGUCUACGUAUUUAACACGCCCGCACGAAAACCUUCGCUUGAGGCUCAUCUCAGGAACAUGUCCAUCAGCUAUGAUAUUCCACCCACACCUGGCAGCAACUGCACCUACCAGGUGCCCCGCACGGCUGGGGGAGCGGAGGCUUCAGCGUCAGACGUAGUGCCACCUCCUCGGCCGCCCAAACCCUCAGCGGGACCGGCGGCUGAUCGCUCGCCCACAGACACUUAUGUUGUACCUAGGUCAGUGUCGGAGACCGACUCAAACUACUGUGUGCCUUCAGGGCCGGGUGGAAGCAAAACUCUACGGAGCAACACCAUUGGCCCUGUGGAUUCCUCACGUCUGCGCAAAGAUUAUGGAUCACAAGACUGUUAUGAUAUACCAAGGUCUUUCCCUUCAGACAGAAACUGUUCUUUUGAGUUCAACGAACCCUUCAGCAACUACUUUAAAAGCAAAGGUAUGCUGCCUGUAGGCAACACUUCCACUGAGGAGAUGGAUGAAAACUAUGUUCCUAUGAGUGCAAAUUCUCCGUCACAUCAGCUUUCAGGUAGCCUUUCUGAGCUUAUCCAGGAGCCCAACUAUGUUCCUAUGACCCCAGGCACUGUGGAACAUUCUUCCUUGGGGAAGCAGGUGCCUCCUCCAGCCCACAUGGGUUUCAGAUCAAGUCCUAAAACACCUCCACGAAGACCGAUGCUAAUCACCGACUGCCAACCGCCACCUGUUGACCGAAACCUUAAACCGGAUCGCAAAGCCAAGCCUGCCCCUUUGGACAUCAAACCACUCCCUGAGUGUGAGGAGUUUAUUACACCAGUGCGCUCGCCCAUCACCAAGUCCUUCACGCGGGACCCCUCCAGGUUCCACACGGUUCCCAGACCACCUUCGGUGCAUAGCACUGCCUCCAGCACCGACUCCGAGGAGGGUGAUGAGAAUUAUGUCCCCAUGCAGUAUCCUAAUAUGCCUGGAGAUGAACCAAAGUUAGGACCACCAAUGAACACCAAGGUUGAGUAUCUGGACUUGGAUCUGGACCCUGGCAAAUCCACUCGAAAGAGUAACGGGGGAAGCAUGGCGGUGUCAGACGAGCGGGUCGAUUACGUGGUGGUGGAUCAGGAGCGCACUCAGGCCCUUAAAAGCACAAGAGAGGCCUGGAGCGAUGGUCGUCAGUCCACUGAGAACGACACCCCUUCCAAAGGGCCCAAGUGAAACCUGGACCCCAUUCCUUCCCUCUGAUCCCUUCUCUGGGCUGGAGAUGAGGUGUGGUGCAGGAGUAGAUGACCCACCUCUGUCUGCCUCCAUGAUUCAUCUAGAUUAUACUGUGAGAGAGAAGCUGGCUCAGUUCCCACAUCAGCUGGUUUACACAGCCACCUGGCUGAGGGAAAAGCAGCUGUGUGGAGAAGAGCUGGGCUUCCAGAGCGCCGUCUAUAAGCUGAGAGAUGAUGAUUUCUACUCUACUGUGUUUUGGGGCUGAAGGAACUGCUCAACAUCACUGAUUUGGAGCCCUAUGAAUUCUAUGCUAAGAGCAGCAAAUAGCCUUUCAUUUGUAUCAAGUGGACAGUUGCUGCGGCACUUUUUUGUGUAUAUUCUCAGCCUGGGCUCACAACUACCAUGGAUGAGUUACAGAAAAGUUUUUUUUUUUUUUUUUUUUUUUUUUGCAGGAAGCAUUCACAUUUACCAGUUCCAUGAUAAUCUGAAGCUUUGGUACCUCCUGGUUUCUUUUCUUUUUUUUGGGGUGGGUGCGUGUUGUGUGUUACCCACUAGAGCAUGAUUAUUAAGUGGCAUGGAAGGAAAAAAAAAACAAAAAAACAACCUAGUAAGAAGAAGAGCAUCACAGUUGCAAGUAGGACUGCUAAACUGACUGUGUAAAGUGUUAUGUAUAAUAAAUAAAGUGUUCUCUGUAUUGAAUGUGUGGGAUGUAAAGGCUUUGGUGUGGCCUCUGCAGGAUAGAAGUCUGCACCCUCUGAAAGCAGGAACUGUGAUCGCUGUUUUUAUUUCAGUGAAAGGUAACAAAACUAAAGAGCAGCAGUCAGGUACUCACCAACAUGAUUAACCGAGCAGUUCCUUUUUAUAUUUUAAUUUCUUUACUUACACACGAUGAGUUUGGUCUUGCAAUCCACUCAUUAUUGUACUGCAAGUUCAGCAGCCUGUGAUCAUUUUUUUUUUUUGCUGUAUAUGAUGCCUUCUAUGGGAAAAGAAAAGCCAGUCAGGACGUUUCAGAUGAUGUAUAUUGAUCCUGCAUUCCUUUCGUGACUGGUCCUUUGAUAUAUUUUAUUGCCACUUUGAUAAUUUAUUUCAGACGGAUUUCCACAUUUCCUGAGACUAAAUGCCUUAUCACAAGUGUUACUGUGUGAAUGUUGUACAUACAACCGGAUGUGUAAUUUCAGCAUCAAAAAGUUAGAGACUAUAUAAACUUUUAUCAUGUGUGUAAUAAAAACUUUUACUAACGAA